CUUAUACAAUCCAGUUAACUAUUUAAAAUUAAUCAAAAUAUUUACAACCUAAGCCUUUUCAAUUCUGGACCUUUGUUUCUAGAUCCUGGAUUUGUAAUUCUUUUCGAGGAUACAGAUCCCUGUUCGUGGACAAUGUCACGCUAUAUGUAUGCCGAUCACAUCCUCGAGGCCUUCAACGUCUUCCACCGACCGAUGGCCAUUGACGAGGUGGCCACCUAUGUGGCCGAAAUGGAGGCCAAGUCCGUGGAGGAGGUGCGUCUGGCGGUGGACAAUACAGUGACCGCUGCCUGGAUGCACGGUUUCCUGGCCAAGGACGACCGUAACUAUACACUGGCCUGUGGCUAUUGGGACGAGGAAGACUCGAGAUCGGUGAGAUCGGGCGACAAGAAACAUCCAUCAUCCUCGACUGGUAUCCGAGGUUAGUUCAAAAUUCCAAGGAUUAAAUUCAUUUGGCUUUGGAUUUAAGCCAUCAUUGUCUUCAAAAAAGGAUAUGGUUUAGUGGACUUCCAUAGUAAUUCAUAAAAAGGAUUGUAAAAAUAAAAGAGAAGUUCUUGAUUAAAAA